AUGGGGACAGUACCAGAGCAGCACUUGUCGUAUUCUUCAAUUGAAGUUCCUUUGCUUCGUCCAGCUCCAGGGCUUGAACAUGAACAGGGUUUGGAACCUGUGGUAUUAGACUCUGUAGGGAUGGCAUCAACUUCCAGAGGUAAAGAUGAGUCGACUUCUGCUGUAUCAGGUCACUUUGAGGUUAAGAGUGAGAGAUUGCUGAGUGCUCUCGCAACAUCUCCGGCACCAGAACCUGUGGUAAUGGCUUCAACUUCUGAAAGUAAAGAUCCAUGGCGUUCUGCUAUUUUGGAUUUUGAGGCUGAAAGUGAGAGAGUACAAGCUGCAGGUACAUCUCUGACACAGGAAGCUGUCGCGUGGGCUUCAUCUUGUGGAAGUAAAUAUGAGCCAACUUCUGCUGUGGCAGGUCACUUUGAGGUUCGGGAUGAGAAAAUAAAAGCUUCAGAUACAACAUCUCUGACCUUUGGGUAUCAGGCUCCUACAUCAAGCUUGGAGAUUGUGGAAGAAGAUGUGGUGCCAUUUCCUCCACAAAUAGGUAAACCUUCGCAGAGGUCAUCGACAGCUUCACCAUCCCUUUUACGUUCUUCAGCAACAGCACCAGCUUUGGUCCUUUCCAACUCAGGUAAAAACAUAGACCAAGCAGAAAAGAAGAAGUAUGUGAAACAAGUAACAGGUCAUCACAGUGACACUGAGCUGCAUUUGGCUGCUCAGCGUGGAGAUUUAGGAGCAGUUAAACAGAUUCUUACUGACAUAGAUUCCCAAAUGGUGGAUACCUUAAGUGGGGCUGAUUUUGAUGCAGAAGUUGCAGAGAUAAGGGCAUCAGUUGUGAAUGAGGUGAAUGACUUUGGGGAAACUGCACUUUUUACAGCUGCUGAUAAAGGGCAUAUAGAAGUUGUGAAGGAGUUGUUGAAGUAUUUGACCAAAGAGGGUCUUACAAGGAAGAAUAAGUCCAUGCUUGAUCCCUUGCAUAUUGCUGCAAUCAGAGGGCAUCAUGCAAUUGUCCAACUGUUACAAGAUCUUGAUCCCAGCUCAGAGAUUGUGGAAGAAGAUGUGGUGCCAUUUCCUCCACAAAUGGGUACACCGCCAGCUCGUAAAUCUGAAAUUCAGAUUGUAUCUCUUGAAGCAAGAGAAAAGAUGCCAUCUAUUUAUAACAUGGAAUCUGAGAUUAUACCUUCUCAAACUGAAGGAGAGCAUAAGAUGAAGUGCAGAUUGAAGGCAAGUGCCCAGCAAUCAGUUACGGUUGCCACAAAAGAAGCCAUUGAAGUUGCAGUAGAACAUCUCAACGUAGAAAAUGAAAUUUCAAUGGAAGAUCAGUUGUUGCAAGAAUCAGUUUUAUUUGCAAAGAAAUCAAUUAAGACAACUGUACAGAAGAUUUUCAGCCACAUAAAUAAUGUUAGAACUACAAAAAUUGCUGUUAUUGGAACUGGUGGUAUUGGAAAGACUACUGUGCUCAAGGCCUUGAUCAACUUCCCAGGCACAAAAGGUAUGUUUGAUGUGGUAAUUUCAGUGCCUGUUUCUAGAUCUUGGAACACAAGAAAGGUCCAAACGAGGUUUUAAGACAGUUAUCAUUAGGUUGUGAGUAUUCUGAAACUGAUGCUGAAGUUGCAGAAAGAUUAUAUAAAGUUCUGAAGGGGAAGAAGUUUUUGUUGAUUUUGGAUGAUGUUUGGGAGCAGAUUAAUUUAGAGGCACUG